AACGACUCUUCGUCGAGCCAAGCCCACAAAACCAGACGCGGCCAGACAAGCAACGCGGCAUCCGCGCGGCGACCAGGAGGAGAAGAGAACUAGAGAAGCCACCCGCCCACUCCCACCGACCACGCCAGAGCCGCGGCCAUGGACACCUUCUUCCUGUCGCACGGCUCGCCCACGCUCUCCAUCGACGAGACGAUCCCGGCGCGGAAAUUCUUCGAGUCGUGGCUCCCCGCGGCCGUCGCGGGGCCGGAGACGCCGCGCGCCAUCCUGGUGGUGUCGGGCCACUGGGAGACGGACACGCCGGCCGUCAACGUCAUCCGCGGCAACAACGACACCAUCUACGACUUCUACGGCUUCCCCAAGUCCAUGUACGAGCUGAAGUAUCCUGCACCCGGCGCCCCUGAUCUGGCGAAGAGGACAAAAGAUCUCCUGGAGCAAGCCGGGUUCGGCCCCGUGAAGGAGGACGAUGCUCGCGGGCUCGACCACGGCGCGUGGGUGCCGCUGAUGCUCAUGUACCCGGAGGCCAACAUCCCGGUGUGCCAGCUCUCCGUGCAGACCGGCCGCGACGGCACCUACCACUACAACCUCGGCAAGGCGCUGGCGCCGCUCCGGGAGGAAGGCGUCCUCGUCCUCGGCUCCGGCAGCGCCACGCACAACCUCCGCAGGAUCAGGAUGGAGACCGGCGCGCCGGUGCCGCAGUGGGCCUCCGACUUCGACUCCUGGCUCAAGGACUCGCUUCUGGACGGCAGGCACGAGGAUGUGAAGCGCUUCGAGGAGAAGGCGCCGUCCGCGAAGGUGGCGCACCCUUCGCCGGACCAUUUCUACCCGCUGCACGUGGCGCUCGGCGCGGCGGGGGAAGAGGCCAAGGCGGAGCAGAUCCACCAGAGCUGGAGCAACGCGACACUCUCCUACGCCUCGUACCGUUUCACCGCCAAGAACUGAUGAUGGCCCGGUCGCGCGCGUUGCACCUGCAGCAGUGGCCGUGUAUUUGUUUGUACCGAUAUACUCACCCCGGGCUUCAAAACGAACGUUCCGGACACGUGGUCUGGGAACAUAUAUUGGACGACUAAUUUGCAGCGCGGCAAUCAAACGUAAUAAAAAAUGUUAUUAUCAUAAUUGUUUUGAGGAAAACCUAUACACAUGAUUUUUACACAUCCAAUCAAUAAAGUUCUUCUAAAGAAAGAGGGCCUUUGUCGAUGCCAAGGAUCAACGCUUUUCGGAGGAUGCGAAGUCGGCACUAUUUGUUUUUCAAAGUUGGGGUGAGCAUGUUUGUCGAAAAUGAGGUGCACCAGGUGGUGGUCUUAAGCUUGGGUGCUCUUGUUUCCGGAUCGGAUGAUGUUUCCUGGGUUGUAAUCCUGCUCUAUAGAUUCUCAGAACCCUA